AUGCCAGCGGUAGAAACUGUGACAAUAAUCAAUAAGUCGGGCAAGAUCAUCAGCACAGGCAAGCAUCUCGUCAAUAUAUUUAAGGAUGCAAAGGCAGCCUAUCGUGAAAAAAGAGAUGAGCUAAGGGCUGAAAAUUCCGCCCUACGAGCACAGAACAUCGAACCUCCCCAACAGGCUCGUCUUGAAGAUACACGCUCUGUUGCAUCUUCCUCUCACCAGUCACAUCGAUCACACCGAUCGAGGCAUUCACACCGGUCCAGGGAACAGGGGAAUGAAUCCAUAAGGCGACCACUCACAGUACGAAAUUUAUCUUACUUGGAAGAAAAUAGCGUCUCUUCGACUCAAAGUCGCAGUACACACCGCGACUACCAGCGUUCUAAUGCAACUCUGAGUUAUAAACCUCCUUGUGUAUCAACUGAACUCUCUCAUCCAUACAUACCUCGGCGUCAUACGGCAGGACCGACUGAUUCCCACUUGGUAUCUUUACCAACCACCCUCCCACCACCUUACAGAUCCCAAAUCACCCGAUGUGUUUCAAAUCCGGAUAUCAGCUCCGAUUCCGAGAUUGAUAUGAACCUUGCCUACGGCUACCUUCCACCAGACUUACUUCACGACACUAGACGAGAUCCUGAGCAAGAACAAAGCUUACAAAAAACUAUGAGUAAACUUGAUGACUUACUGAUAGAAGCACAUUGUCUCCAACAUUCAGCAACAGCUAUAAUAGAAAGUUUACAGUCAAACCCUGAGGCUAUGGCAGCUGUAGGCCUUACGCUAGCCGAGCUCUCUACAAUAGUUGGGAAGAUGGGUCCUAAUGUGCUAGCUGCUAUAAGAACCGCCAGUCCUGGUAUAUUUGCCUUGCUCGUCUCACCUCAGUUCCUAAUUGCAAGCGGUCUAGCAAUGGGAGUCACUGUAGUCAUGUUUGGCGGCUUUCAAAUUAUCAAGAAUAUUCAAAAUGACAUGGUAGUUAGACGUGAGGCCGCUCCCAUGCCAAUGGCAAUGGCAUACGAAAGUUUUGAUAUGGCAUCAGUUAAAUCCUGGCGACGUGGUGUUUCACAAGCAGCGGCAGAAAGUAUUUGUACCUCAGUCGAUGGGGAAUACAUUACACCCGAGGUAGCAAGACAUCGUAGAGGAGCCGGCCGCUCAAGAAGCAAUGAAAUAUGCGAUAGCGACGCUGGGAGUAUUGCUAGCGCAAAGAGCGAUAGAACUCUUCGUCCUAGAGACACUAUAUCGCACAUCUCAAGGCGUUCGUCAAAACACGAAACCCCAUCCGUGGCUGGCAGUAUGAAGAGCCGAAGAAGCGAGAAAGCUCGCUCGGAAGUGACUAUCACUCGUGCUCCAAGCCAGAGGAGUGAAAAAGCCUGUUCCAUAAUUUCGGAAAGUCAGAAACAAGAAAAGGCUCGGUCUGUAAUUUCAUCCAGCCGAAAAAGUGAGAAAGCCCAUUCAGAGGUAAUGUCCAGGAUAAAUGAGGAGAAAGCCUACAGCAAAAAGAAGACCCCUACUCCUUCUGUGGUCUCUUCAUUCUUCGACAACCACAGUAAGAAGAGUUCCAGCAAAAGCCACGGCCGAUCAAGUGUCCUCAGUCUGAGACCAAAAACGAUAGAUUUGAUUGAUUUGUGA